AUCAGUUUUUUUUAUCUUUUCUUGAAUUUUGUUUGCUGAUUAAGAUUAUGAUUAUAUUUAUCUGUUAUUUGUUAUUAUUUGUUAUUGUUCAUUCGUUAUCAUUUGUAAGUAUUUUUAAAUUCCAAUAAAGUUUAAUUAAAAAAAAAAAAAAAGAGAAACCAUUUAAAUGCACAGAGUGUGGAAAGGACUUCCGUCAGAGUGGAAGCCUUCGAAGACAUCAAUGGUCUCACACAGGGCUCAAACCUUGUAAAUGUAUGACGUGUGGAAAGAGCUUCCGUUGUAGUACAAGCCUUAGAAGACAUCAGCGGACUCACACAGGGGAGAAACCAUUUCAAUGUAUGGAGUGUGAAAAGAGUUUUAGGAAUAGUGGACACCUUAGAAUACAUCAACGGAUUCACACAGGGGCGAAACCAUUUCAAUGUAUGGAGUGUGGAAAGAGCUUUAGUACUAGCGGAACACUUAGAAAACAUCAACGGACUCACACAGGGGAGAAACCAUUUCAAUGUAUGGAGUGCGGAAAGGUCUUCAGUCAGAAUGGAAACCUUAAAUUACACCAACAGAUUCACACAGGGGCGAAACCAUUUCAAUGUAUGGAGUGUGAAAAGAGUUUUAGUAAUAGUGGAUACCUUAGGAAACAUCAACGGACUCACACAGGGGAGAAACCAUUUCAAUGUAUGGAGUGUGAAAAGAGCUUUAGUGAUAGUGGAAAUCUUAGAAUACAUCAACGGACUCACACAGGGGAGAAACCAUUUCAAUGUAUGGAGUGUGAAAAGAGCUUUAGUGAUAGUGGAAGCCUUAGACAACAUCAACGGACUCACACAGGGGAGAAACCAUUUAAAUGCAUGGAGUGUGGAGAGAGCUUCAGUCAGAGUGGAAACCUUAGACAACAUCAACAGACUCACACAGGGGAGAAACCAUUUAAAUGCAUGGAGUGUGGAAAGAGCUUCAGUCAGAGUGGACACCUUAGACAACAUCAACAGAUUCACACAGGGGAGAAACCAUUUAAAUGCAUGGAGUGUGAAAAGAGUUUUAGUAAUAGUGGACACCUUAGAAUACAUCAACGGACUCACACAGGGGAGAAACUAUUUAAAUGCAUGGAGUGUGGAAAGGACUUUAGUUAUAGUGGAAGCCUUAGAAUACAUCAACGUACUCACACAGGGGCGAAACCAUUUCAAUGUAUGGAGUGCGGAAAGGUCUUCAGUCAGAAUGGAAAUCUUAGAAAACAUCAACGGACUCACACAGGGGAGAAACCAUUUCAAUGUAUGGAAUGUGAAAAGAGUUUUAGGAAUAGUGGACACCUUAGAAUACAUCAACGGACUCACACAGGGGAGAAACCAUUUCAAUGUAUGGAGUGUGGAAAGAGCUUUAGUACUAGCGGAUCACUUAGAAUACAUCAACGGAUUCACACAGGGGCGAAACCAUUUAAAUGCAUGGAGUGUGGAAAGAGCUUCAGUCAAAGUGGACACCUCAAUAUACAUCAACGGAUUCACACAGGGGAGAGAUCAUUUUAAUGUAUGGAGUGUGGAAAAAGCUUCAGCCAGAGUGAAAAUUGUUGAGGAAGACAUCCGUGGACACGGGGGGGGGGGGAGAGACACCAUUUAAAUGCAUGGCUUCAGUCAGAGUGGAAGUCCCACAUCAACAGACUCAUGGACAGGAAGAACUUUUAGAGUUGAAACCGUAGAAACCAACAACAAACUCAAAGAGGAGAAGCAGUUUAAAUGUAAAGAUUGCAGAAAGUUAUUUAGUUAUAAUGGAGUACUUAAGGAACAUCUGGGGAGUCUCACAGGGGAGAUACCCAUUUAGAUGUAUGGAGUGUGGGAGGUGUUUCUCUCAGAGUCCACUCUGAGCAUUGAACUCAGCAGGAAAUCAUUCUUAAAAAGAUGAGGUAUAUGUGAAGUUCUGUUGUUUAUAUAUAAAAUUGUAUAGUACUGAAAUAAUGAAGGUAAUGUCUCACAAUAGUGAGUAUAAUUUUAGAUGUAAAGUAACUUUGGUUUUGGCACCAAACUCUGUCACCCCCCUCCCCAACUGCAUGAUCUCCAAGCACUGCUUCUUCACCAGAAGUCCAUCUUUGCCCCCCAGGCCUUUUGAAGAAAACUUAAAAUGUUGUAAUUUAAUGGGAGAUUUCCCCCCGGAUGUCUCCUGGGGGCCCCAUCUUCACUCAUGAGCCCCAUGAUUCACACAAACUACCAAAAACCUCUUAAACCAAUACACUGGAUAUGAUCUCUCUACAUUAGAUCAAUACAUUUCUUUGCCUGAAAAAUGCAGCCAUGACACUUUCAAGGUCAGCACCAAGUGUUUGAAUUCUGCUUGGAAAUGUGCUGGGAGUCAGGGAAGAUCCUUUAGGACCAGUGAGAUGUGGUCUCGGUGGCUGCUCCCAUUCAGUUGCCGUUUCCAGGUCACCUUCAAAGGUAGCCCCAUGUAGAGCGCAUUGCAGUAGUCCUAGCGAGAGAUAGCCAGAGCAUGCACCACUCUGGCGAGACAGUCGGCAGGCUGGUAGGCUCUCAGCCUGCAUUUUCAUAUAAUUCUCUUUUAAUAAAAUACAAUCUGUAAAUUUUAAAUUCACCUUCCACAUCUUUUCCCGGCCUUCAAGUUGUAUGUUGUGACCUAGAUCCUGAGCCCAUUUUAUUUGUGCCGACUUUACCAUUUCGUCCAGCGUUUCCCCAUACAGCGGGAGGUUAUACAUUUUUAAAAGUAAUUUUGUAUCACUCUCUUUUUUUUAUAUAUAUUUUAUUAAUUUUCCAAUUAAAACCAAUUAUAUCACAUUCAUUAUUUCAAAUUAUACACAUAUAUAUAUCAAUCAAACCGAAUGUUAUGCCAAAUCGUCUAAAGAAUUUUUUAUUUGGGUUCCCAUGCUUCAAGAAAUUGGGGAUUCCUCGCAACCGUCCACUGCCGUCUUUUUUCUAAAGUUCAAAUCGUCCUCCAAGUUCAUAAUAAUCCAGAUCUUCCCCUUACAGUCACAUAGAUGUUUUCCACUUUCAACCGAUUGUUUCCCAGCUGCUGAGAUAAAUAUCAAACGAGGUUUCACAAAUGUUCUUUCUCCUGUGUGGGUUAAUCAGUCCAGCCUCCCCAUAAAUCUUCUUAGUCUGGAGCUCCCUGUUGCGUCGAAGCAGCGCCAUCUUAAAAAGCUCAAAUCACUUUCGUUUUCUCUCAUAGCCAUGAAGAUUAACGAUCUUUAUAAAAUUUACAGCUUUUCCAGGCAGAAGACCCAAACAUCAAACCAUAAACUCUUGGUAAAUUAAUGGAUCUCCUUGCCCUAUAGCUGAACUUAGCUUCAGGUCGCUGCUCCAAUUCAAAGUGCGUCACAGCUCAUAAAUCCUCCGAACGCGUCCAGGACUCCUUCCGUCCGACUAGGGGGGGGGGGCUUUUCUCAUCGGCAACUCCACAUCUUUAAAAAAUAUGCUCAGUAACAACAGUUUAUAAAGUUCAACUCACACAGUCUUUUGCUUCUCUUUCACUCCAAACAAGCCAGGACAUCGCGUCUGGGAAGGUACGAAGUAACUCAUAUGAAGAAAAAUAAAACUCCAUUCCCUUAUCGCUCCGUCCCCAUCAAUCCUUCUUCCAGAUGAUAUACAGCCUUUAACUUCUCUCCCUCAGCAGCAUAGAUUUCUCAGCAGUAAACAGCGCUUCUUCCCCUCCUUCUGAAGUAUGUCCAUAGAUUUAAGCCUAAUUAUCUUCUUUAACCAUGGAAAUCCCCGCCAUGCAGAUUAGCGUCCGGGAGUCCUGGCCCUUGUAAGUGCUUUUCAGCCCAAGCUCCCCCCACUCCAUAAACAGUCGGAGUGGGUCUGGGGGCAUCGCGGGCCAGCGGCCCCUCUCCGUAACCCCCGGAGAGGGUAGGGGGUUGCCAUUUACUCCCCUAGCAACCGCCAAAUUCCUUACGAAGGUCAGAGGGAUGGAAAACAGGUCCGCCAUUCCUGCCGGCGGAAACCGGAACCUCGUAAUUUUGUAUCACUCUCAAUUAUCUCUUUGAAAGUUUGAAACUGUGUAACUGAAACCUUUCUUAUUGUCUUCCUUAAACUGUUCAUUUAGUUGUCUAUGAUGUAAGCAACUUUGUAAAUAGAUCUUAAUUUUCCCAUGUCCUUUCAACUUUAGCUCUUUUUAAAUCUCUUACUGGUUUUGAGUGAAAUAAAAAUAAAAUCUUUGGUAGUUCAUUCAUCUUUAUUGCUGCUUUCCUUCCCAUCAAAGAAAGUUUCAUUCUAUUCCAAAUUUCCAAAUAUUUCUUAAUCUCAUUCCAAACUUUCUCAUAGUUAUCCUUAUAUAAAUUUAAAUUUUUAUUGGUAAGCGAAAUUGCUAAAUAUUUGACUUUUUAAAUGAAUUUCUAUUUUUGUAAUCUCCUGCAAUUCCUUUUUCUCCAGUUGUGUCAUGUUUUUUGUUAAUAGUUUUUGUCUUUCCUUUAUUUAAUUACAAUCCUGUCACUCGCCCAAUCUCUUGUAUUUUUUCUAAAGCUUUAGGGAGACAUAGUUUUGGUUCCUCAACUGUAAUUUCCAAGUCAUCUGCAAAUGCUUUCAACUUAAAUUCAUUUCCCCCUUUCUUAUUCCCACAAUCUGUUUAUCUGCUCUUAAAUUUCUGUUCAAAGUCUCCAGGACCAGAAUAAAUUUUAAAGGUGAUAAUGGACAUCCUUGUCUCGUUCCUUUUUCUAUUUUGAAUUGAUUCAUUAUCACCUGAUUAAUAAUUAGUUUUGCAUUCUGUUCUGUAUAUACAGCUUGUAUGCCUUUUAUAAACUUUUCUCCAUAUUCCAUUUCUUCCAUCACUUUCUUCAUAAAAUCUCAAGAUAUAUUGUCAAAUGCUUUUUCCGCCUCUAUAAACAUCAUUGCUGUUUUUUUCUCAUUUCUUCUAAGUAUUCUAUUACAUUUAAAAUGUUUAUUAUAUUAUCUUUCAUCUGUCUACCUGGAGGAAUCCCACUUGGUAUGGAUAUAUAUAAACAUUUAAGACCUUUUUUUGAAUCUAUUAGUUAAAAUAUUAGCAAAUAUUUUUGAUCAAAAAUAGUUUUUGAUCAAAGUCAGAGCUAUAUCUUGUUUUGGAAUCAAGGUAAUAUAAGCUUUCUUCCAUGUUUCUGGAAUUUCCCCUUUUGUUAAUAUUUCAUUCAUUGGUUUUACAAGCUGUUCUCUAAAUUUUUUAUAAUACUUUGCUGAUAAUCCAUCUGGUCCUGGUGAUUUACCCACCUUUAUUUGACUUAUUGCAUCGGAGAUUUCUUGGUCUGUUAUUUGUGUAUUUAAGAGAACUGUCUCUUCUUGUUUUAUUUUUGACAGAUGACACUCUCUCUCUCUCUCUCUCUCUCUCUCUCUCUCUCUAUAUAUAUAUAUAUAUAUAUAUAUAUAUAUUCCUGUAUGUUGAUUAUCUCUUCAUUUCCUCUUUUAUAUAAAUUCGGAAAGUAUUUUAAAAAGGCUUCCCUUAUUACUUUUGUUUUAUCCAAAACUUUCCCAUUGGAAUUAAUUUUACCUAUAUAAUUCAUUUGUUGGUUUCUGCUUAGUUGCCAUGCCAACAACUUUCCAGGUUUGUUUGCAUGCUCAAAAAAUUUCUGAUUCAUUUUCCUUUAACUUUCCAUGCUAUUUCUUCAUUAAUUAUCAUUGAAUACUGUGAUUGUAAUAAUUUUAUUGCCUGUUUGAAUGAUUGUUUAUUUGGAUUUUUUCCUAAUUCUUUUUCCUUCUUUGAUAUGGCAUCCAAAAUUUAUUUUUCCCUUGCUUCCAUGGCUCUUUGUUUACAGCAUUUUGUUGUAUUAAAAAAAACCUCUCACGACUGCUUUACUAGCAUCCCAUAUAGUUUGGAUUUUUGUUUCUUUGUUUAAGUUCAAUUUAAAAUAUUCCUCUAGUCUUUUUUUUUUUUUGGUAUUGUCUACUGAUUCUUGGUCAUCCAAGAAGUCAUCUUUAAAUCUCCAUCUAAAGGUUGAUCAUUCUUCUUUUUGCAUUUCCAUGACCACUGGGUUGUGAUCCGACAAAGUCCUCGGAUCUAUCUCAACUUUCUUCACUUUUAAAUCCAACUCUUUAGUGAUGCAAACUGCAUCGAUUCUCGCAUUGCUCUCAUGGACAUGAGACUAGUACGUGAACUGCUUCUCCAUUAAAUGCCUUACUCUCCAAAUGUCUACCAAGACUAUUUAUUACCUGCAACAACAACAAAAGAUAUCAGAGUUUUCAGAGUCGCCACAGCAAUUUCUUUCCAAGGACAUAGACUGCUGGGGGUGGGGCUGAGAAAAGGGGAAGGUUUAAUUAUAAGGACAUUUUCUCUCUUUUUGACCUCAAAACAUGGGUUCCCUAGGAUUCAAAAGAUUGUAAAAGCAGCAAGAAUUGUCUCAAGAUCACGCUUGCCUCAAGAUAUGCAACUGAUAUAGAACUACUAAUUAAUUACUAAGGGAAUGCUGUGGAUGUAGCCUAUCUUGAUUUCAGCAAGGCCUUUGACAAGGUGCCCCAUGAUAUUCUUGUAAAGAAGCUGGUAAAAUGCGGGCUAGACAAUGCUACCAUUCAGUGGAUUUGUAACUGGCUGGCUGACCGAACCCAAAGGGUGCUCAUCAAUGGCUCCUCCUCAUCCUGGAGAGUAGUGACUAGUGGGGUGCCACAGGGUUCUGUCUUGGGCCCAGUCUUGUUCAACAUCUUUAUCAAUGACUUGGAUGAUGGGCUUGAGGGCAUCCUGAGCAAGUUUGCAGACGACACCAAAUUGGGAGGGGUGGCUAAUACCCCAGAGGACAGGAUCACACUUCAAAAUGACCUUAACAGAUUAGAGAAAUGGGCCAAAGCAAACAAGAUGAAAUUUAACAAGGAGAAAUGUAAGGUACUACACUUGGGCAAAAAAAAAAAUGAAAGGCACAAAUACAGGAUGGGAGACACCUGGCUUGAGAGCAGUACAUGUGAAAAGGACCUAGGAGUCUUGGUAGACCACCAACUUGACAUGAGUCAGCAGUGUGAUGCAGCAGCUCAAAAUGCCAAUGCAAUUCUGGGCUGCAUCAAGAGGAGUAUAGCAUCUAGAUCAAGGGAAGUAAUAGUACCACUGUAUUCUGCUCUGGUCAGACCUCACCUGGAGUACUGUGUCCAGUUCUGGGCACCACAGUUCAAGAAGGAUACUGACAAGCUGGAACGUGUCCAGAAGAGGGCAACCAAAAUGGUCAAAGGCCUGGAAACGAUGCCGUAUGAGGAACGGCUUAGGGAGCUGGGUAUGUUUAGCCUGGAGAAGAGAAGGUUAUGGGGUGAUAUGAUAGCCAUGUUCAAAUAUAUAAAAGGACUAGCUGGCCCUGCCACGUGUUGCUGUGGCCUAGUCUGUGAAAUGGGCCCUCAGAUUCCCCCUUCAGACCCCCCUGUAGGCCACCCUGUGGUUUAGUCUGUGAAAUGGGCCCUCAAAGUCUCCCUUCAGAGUCCCUUGUGAAAUGGGCCCUCAGAGUCCCCCUUCAGACUCCCCUGUAGGCCCCACUUGUUCCCUGAGGGGGGGAUCUCUGAUUGUGUAGCGGCCUUGUGCCUACGGGGCUUGUUGGUGGGGAGAUACCCGUGGAUCCAGGCCUGGUGUUGUUCCCUGCU